GUUAACAUGUUUUGAAAAUCGUUCUACUAAUUAGAGAGCAAUAAAAACACGAUUCAAGACAUUCAUGGAUUUUUGAAAGUUUGUCUCUGAUCGUUGCAUUUUUAUUCAAAUUUCAAAUUAAUAGUAAUCUGGUAAGACAAAAUCCUUAUCACAGACAAACUUUCAAAAAUACAUGGCUGUUUUGGACCGCGUUUUUAUUGCUUUCUCGGUAUAAUUUACAUACUUAUUCGAUAUAAUCGAUUCAUUACGAAACACAUAAAACGUUAAUUUGUUGUGUACGCACACAGCUUAGAGUGCUAAAAGACCGAGAAAAGUGAAAAAGCAUCUUAUCAAAUUUCACUGUUAUCACUAUGAAAAGGUUACAAGUUGAACAUUGUAAGGUUUUAACAGAAGUGUGGUGGUUAAUAGUGGAAAACUGAAAAACGUCAUGAUUAAAAACGUGUGGAAGCUGCCACUACGGAUUAGUAAUUCAACCAAAAAUAAUGGAUUCCCUGUCACGAAGUACUGGAUUCAUUCACAACCGAAUUUUACAAAGAACAAUUUCAACAUAAAACGAGGAAAUUUCAGUCAUGUUGAAGAAGAACACCUCUAUUUUUUUCGAAAACUGUUAGGAGAAUCUCGCAUUAUUACUGAUUUGUCUGACCUUGAAAAAUAUAAUGUAGACUGGAAUAAACAUUUAAGAGGUGCUAGCACAAUCGUUUUAAAGCCAAAAACCACUGAAGAAGUGUCAAAAAUUUUAUCCUACUGUAACAACAACCGAUUAGCAGUAUGUCCCCAGGGUGGAAACACGGGGGUUGUUGGUGGAGCAACGCCAGUAUUUGACGAAAUUAUUGUUUCGACCGAACUAAUGAACAAAGUAAUCAACCUGGACGAGAAAUCAGGUGUUUUGACGUGCGAAGCUGGUUGCAUUCUACAAAACAUGGAUGAAUUUCUGCAACAAAAAAAUUUAAUUUUCCCUCUAGAUUUGGGGGCUAAAGGCUCGUGCCACAUUGGAGGUAACGUUUCGACAAACGCGGGUGGUCUAAGACUGCUAAAGUAUGGGAAUUUACACGGAAAUGUCUUGGGUCUUGAAGUGGUACAAGCCAACGGAACAGUUUUGGAUUUACUAAGCACAUUGAAAAAAGACAAUACUGGAUAUCAUUUAAAACAUUUAUUCAUCGGGUCUGAGGGUACUCUUGGCUUGGUCACAAAGGUGGCAAUUCAGUGCAGGUUACGCCCAAAAUCAACACAUGUGGCGUUUCUGGGUUUACAAAAUUUCAACCAAGUACUUAAAACGUUUUACAAAGCGAAACAAGAUAUGGAUGAAAUUCUUACAGCUUUUGAGGUAAUUGACACUCCUUCAAUGGAAUUAGCAAAUGAGAAACUAGGACUGGGGUCUCCUAUUGGCGAUUAUCCGUUUUACGUUUUAAUUGAAACAACGGGUAGCAACGAGAAACACGAUGAAGAAAAACUGGACGGAUUUUUGCAGACUUGUUUGAAUAAAAAUUUUAUACUAAAUGGAACUGUGACCGGCGAAGUCAGUAAAUACAAGGCAAUUUGGGACGUUAGAGAGAAACUUCCUCAAGGUUACAUAAAAGAUGGUUUUGUUUUCAUGUAUGAUAUGUCGUUUCCUUUAGAAAAUUAUUACAAGUUAGUGGAAGAUUUAAGAGAACACAUGGGCAGUUUAUCACACAGGGUGUUUGGAUUUGGCCAUUUAGGUGAUGGCAACAUACAUAUUCAGAUUUCAGUAAAAGAGUUUAACCAAGAUGUAGCUAACCAUAUAGAGCCUUACAUUUUUGAACUGACCAAAAAGUAUAACGGUAGUAUCAGCGCAGAACACGGUAUGGGUUUUCUCAAAGCUAAGUACUUGAAUCUAAUGAAAUCUCAAGAAUCCAUAAACUUAAUGAAAAAUAUUAAGCAAAUGCUGGACCCUAAUGGUAUACUUAAUCCUUAUAAAGUUUUAUUUUAACAAUAAAAUUUAUUUUUUAACA